CACAUGGAUCUACUUCACUGGAUUCAGACACAUAUACGAAGACAAAACGACACGGAUUACUCAGAACCCUGGGAGAGGAAGAAGAAGAGAAGAAAAAGCAAUGAGGUGAGAGAGAAACUUUUGGUUUGUGAAAACGCAAUUCAUAGCAUAACCGAAGAGAAAUGGAGGUUAGAGCCAGAGCACCGGGGAAGAUUAUAUUGACCGGUGAACAUGCUGUGGUUCAUGGAUCCACCGCAGUUGCUACUUCCAUUGAUUUAUACACCUACGUUUCUGUCCACUUCGCCACUCCUUCAGACGACGGGGAUUUGUUGAAACUGCAGCUGAAGGACACGGCGUUGGAGUUCUCAUGGCCUAUUAGUAGAAUAAAAACGGCGUUUCCAGAAUCCGUGUUAUCUUGCACUCCGACCUCCUGCUCCGUCGAGGUUGCCAAGAGCAUUGCCGCACUCGUUGAAGAGCUGGACAUUCCAGAGGCUAAAAUUGGAAUUGCUUCUGGAGUUUCCGCGUUUCUCUGGCUGUACUCUUCUAUUCAAGGAGUUAAGCCUUCUACUGUGGUUGUCACUUCUGAACUUCCUCUCGGUUCAGGAUUGGGUUCCUCGGCCGCGUUUUGUGUGGCUCUCGCGUCGGCCUUGUUGGCUUAUACUGAUUCUGUUUCUUUGGAUUUGAGUCAUAAAGGAUGGCUCUCCUUUACGGAGAAGGAUCUUGAGUUGGUAAAUAAGUGGGCCUUUGAAGGGGAGAAGAUCAUUCAUGGAAAGCCAUCUGGAAUUGACAACACAGUAAGCGCGUAUGGUAACAUUAUCAGCUUCAAGUCAGGUAACAUAACGCGCACAAAGUCAACUGUGACACUUAAAAUGCUCAUCACGAAUACAAAAGUUGGGAGAAACACAAAAGCAUUGGUGGCUGGUGUUGGAGAGAGGAUGCUAAGGCAUCCUGAAAUAAUGGCUUUUGUGUUUAGUGCUGUUGAUUCUAUUAGCAAGGAGCUGACUUCCAUUCUAAAGUCACCCACACCUGACGAGCUCUCUCUAACUGAGAAAGAAGAGAAGAUAGAAGAACUAAUGGAAAUGAAUCAAGGUCUGCUCCAGUCUAUGGGGGUCAGUCAUGCCACUAUAGAAACUGUUCUGCGAACAACGUUGAAAUAUAAGUUGGCUUCCAAAUUGACUGGAGCUGGUGGUGGGGGCUGUGUUUUGACACUGCUUCCAACAUUACUAUCAGGCACUAUUGUAGACAAAGUAAUUUCUGAACUGGAGUCAUGCGGAUUCCAGUGUUUCAUUGCUGGAAUUGGCGGGGGAGGUGUUGAAGUUAACUUUGUGAUGUCAUCUUGAUUUUCUAUUUUUAUUUUUCCAGAUAUAAAUUCGCAUAUUUGAUUAAGAACAUGGUAGUCAACGGGAUGGAUCGUGGAGUGACGUAUCGUAUCCAAGGUCCGUCUCUUUCACACGCACACGCUUUAAGUAUCUUACUGAUGUGGUUUAGAAAUUGUAUGAAAACGUUUUAGUGCCAUAAGGCUGACUCAGAUACUAAUUACCUGGACUGGACUGAGGAACUGAAAACUAAACAGUACAUACAAAUUACCUAUUUGUAUGUACUAAGUAGCCAAGCCAUUUUUGUGUGUGGAUAUUGGAUCCAGUUAUAUUACUAGAUUCGUGAGAGAUAAAUCGGAUCUAUUUUCUUGACCCUUAAGAAAAAUAGUAGAUCCUUUACACAAAAGGAGUUGAAAAUAUGGAAACAAAUUAGGAUACUUCCUUAAUUACAGAAGUGUUCUUUUCU